AUGGAGACUGAAAAGGAGAAUACAACCCCAAGCCCGGGGAAAGGAACCUGGGCGAAGAGCUUUAGUGCGGUUCUUCAGGAGGAUAAGUGGUAUGUGGCGGAUUCGGACUCCGAGGACGUAGCCGCGAUGGAGAAGGAGGAGGAUGAUGAGAUAGAUGCGGAGGAGGAUCCUAAAUGCCCUACGAUUCCUUUUAUUGCGGCGGAGAAAAUAAAGUGGCGUCGGGAGUGGAGGUCGGCGUUGGUAGUAAAAGGACUAGGAAGGAGGGUUUCGUAUAUCCCUCUGGCACGCAGACUGAACUUCUUAUGGGCACGGAAUGGAGAGAUUCGAAUCUCGGAUAUGAAGAAUGGGUGUUUCCUGGUGCGGUUUCGCAAUCAAAAGGAUUAUGAAUGGGCAAUGGAGGGAGGCCCUUGGCUUCUGGGCGAUACCUACCUUACGGUGCAUCGGUGGUUUAAAGGUUUUAAUCCCUGGAAGACGGUGAUCACGACGACUAUGGUAUGGGCCCAGCUGCCGGAAUUGCCGAUUGAGUUCAUCAACAAAGAGGCAGUAAUGAAAAUUGGCCAAUGGUUGGGGAAACCGGUCCGCGUUGAUCGAGCUACGGAGCUUGGGGCCAGGGGAAAGUUCGCUAGGCUAUGUGUGGAAGUGGACCUUACACAACCAUUGUUAUCUCAGUAUAAGAUUGAGGGGACAACAUAUUUGAUUCAAUAUGAGGGUCUGGAUGAUUUAUGUACGAAUUGUGGGACGUAUGGCAAGUCUGGCGGAAAGUGCCAGUGUGAUUUAGCGGAGAAGGCGAUGGAAACGGAAGGGGUUCAGGCAGACGAGGUGGAAAAGGUAGAAGACCCUACUCAAGGGCGUACGUAUGGGGAUUGGAUGGUGGUUAAGCGUCGGGAUAGGCGGCCCGGAAGGGGAGUGGGUCGGGGCAAGGAGCUGAGAAACGGACAGGGAGAUUCGAAUCGGUUUAAUACCUUAGCGGGGGUGGCAAAUCAAGUUGAAACUGAGGAUGUAACUGAGGUGGUGGCGGAAGGGGAUAUGGGGAAUACGAAGGAGAAGCAAAUGGCUCCCCAGAGCCCAGAAGGGAAUACUUCCCAUGCAGAAGACCAUGCACACCACGUGAAAGAUAGGAGGCAAGAGCAAAAUGUCAAGGAGUCGAACGCGAAACCGGGUACACCCAAACCAAAGGCCAUCCCUGCGGGUAGGAAAGAGACCGCGGCUAGUAAGACUCAAGGCAUAUCUGCAGGGAAAGGACUCACGAGUGGAGUACAAGGAAUAAAGGGCGACGGAAAGAAGCCCUGGCAGAAGAAAGAGAGUAAUAAGAGUGCAGAGAUACGUAAGGAGGCAGGAGGUACAAGUACCCAGAAAACAGCUGAGGGUGCGGGGAACCGAUCCCCUUCAGUAGAUAAAUGA